AUGGUGCCGCGGGGUGCCCUGGAGCGCACCGCGUCGCUGCUGCGGCUCAUCAGCUCGAUCUACGGCCCAGUUGAGGACGAGGAGCCGGCGCUGGGGCGCGAUGCUGACAUGGACGCGUCGGCUGGCGAGGCAGAGAGCGCGUGCAGGGUCGGCGGCGAGCCGUCGGCGGGCGGCGACGACACGGGCGACGGCACCGACGCGGCUCAGUUGCGGGCGAGGAGUCGUAGCGAUGGCGGCAGCUUCGCCGGCAAGGGGAGCGUCUGCGGGUUGGCGCCGGCGGGGGGGUCUCUGCUGAGCUCUGCAGAGGAGUUGGGGAUUGCAGGCGCGGUUCGGUCUGAGAGCAGCGGGCUGGAAGAGGAGGAAUCUGAGCAGGCGCAAUGCCCGUCAAGCAAUGAGGCGCCCGAAGGAGGCGACAGUGCGGAGGCGGCGGCGCAACCUGCCGCCGAGCCGCUGGGCGGCGGCGGCGACGACGGUAGUGAUGGGGAUGCAGACGAGUAUGAGCUCGAGGCAGCGCGGGCGCGGGUGGCGCUGGCGGCGAUAGCCGCGCGCCUGCAAGGCCGCGCGGCUCUGGAGGCAGAGCUGAGCGGUCUGAUGACUGACCUGCGGAUGCGCGCGGUAAGUGAGGACGGCCGCGGCUCGAACGAGGAGGGGGUCCCGGGAGGAGCUGGAGGAGCGGCCGCACGGCGGGAGAUGGUGCGCCAGAUGGUGGAGGCGGCGCGGCAGAUGAUGGCGGAGCGGCGGGGGGAGUACCGCGCGCUGGAUGGCUGGGGCGGCCCGCGCGGCUACGACCAGCUGCCCUUCAGCUUCCUCCCGCCGGACCACCCCGACCCUCGGGUGUCGGAGGGCCUGGAGCGCAUCAGGCGGCUGGAUGAGAAGCUGAGGGAUGCGACGCUCGCGGCCCUUGUCGCGGCGCACGAGGCCAGCCCCGGCGCGGCGGCGGAUGAAGCGCGGCGUCGCCUCGAGGGGCGAGCCGCGCGGCUCGACGCGCUGCUGGCCGCGCAGCGCAAGAAGCGCCUGCACGCGGCGCGGCUGUCGCGGGCGCUGACCAGCCUGGACGGCAGCUCGCAAGCGGGCGGCGCGCCUGGGGAGCGGCCAAACAGCUACUACAUCCUGGGCCCGGACGAGGAGCAGCUUCUGCGCGAUGUCAUGGCGCGAGACGAUGACACCCUCGACAGCACCAACCCCUUUGACCUGGCGGCAGCGCCUGCAGCCGCGAGGACUGAGGGCCUGCCACCGGCCCCUGGGCUGUCGAAGCGAGCAGAGGGGCUGCGGGCCUUGCUGGCCGAGUGCGUCGCGCAGCAGGUGGCUGCGGGGCAGCGCGCCGCGCCGUCGAGCGCAGGCUCCCUGUCAGGCGGUCGCGGUGGCAGCAUCAGCGGCGGUCGCGGCGGCAGCAGCAGCGGUGGUGACGGCGGCGGCGGCGGCGGUGGAGGGGCGGCCGAGGGACCCGGGGGCGUCGCGAGCAGGGCGGGGAGCUCCGUCAGGGUUUGA